AUGGUUAAGCAGCAGAGUACCGGCACAACUCGUAGAGGCAUUGGGGGUGCUGGAAGACUCAGGGAGGGCUCUGGGGUGCAAGGAAAGGCAAAAGGAGAGCUUUGGGGUACACUGAAAGCACUCGGAGGACUCGAGCACCCUAAAAGGCACCCGGAGGGCUCUGGGACACACACGUGGAGGGCUCUGGGGUGCAGGGAAAGCCAAAUGCUGGGCUCGGUAGCACUCCAGAAAAAAACACGUGGAGGGCUCUGGGGCUCAGCUCGUCGUGCUAUCGCCUUCCUGCUGGGGCUUUCUGGGGCAUCCAGGCUGGGACAUGGAGGGACAACCUGGCCACAGACCUCUUGGACCAACCGGGGGCUCAGCAGGGAGCGGGUCCUGCUCCCUCCCUCUGGCAGAAGAGAGACAAGGUACACGGUGCUCUUCUCACACGGCAACGCCGUGGACCUGGGGCAGAUGAGCAGCUUCUACAUCGGGCUGGGCACCCGCAUCAACUGCAACAUCUUCUCCUAUGACUACUCGGGCUACGGCGUGAGCACGGGCAAGCCCUCGGAGAGGAACCUCUACUCCGACAUCGAUGCCGCAUGGCAGGCGCUGCGGACGCGGUAUGGAAUCAGCCCGGAGAACAUUAUUUUAUAUGGACAAAGCAUCGGCACAGUGCCCACGGUUGAUCUGGCCUCCCGCUAUGAGUGCGCUGCCAUCGUGCUCCACUCCCCACUCACCUCUGGCAUGAGAGUCGCCUUCCCCGAGACCAAGAAGACCUACUGGUUCGAUGCCUUCCCCAACAUCGAGAAGAUUUCCAAAAUCACCUCUCCCGUCCUCAUCAUCCACGGCACGGAGGAUGAAGUCAUCGACUUCUCCCACGGCCUGGCGCUCUUUGAACGCUGCCCCAAGGCUGUGGAGCCGCUGUGGGUGGACGGGGCCGGGCACAAUGACAUUGAACUUUACAGCCAGUACCUCGAGCGCCUUCGGAAAUUCAUCUCCCAGGAGCUGGCCAGCCAACGCAACUAGCCGCGGGGCGGGGGGACGGGCAGGGGGUUUCUGCCUGUUUCUCCAGUUCCCCCAGUGUCCCUCCCCAGUCCCUGCUGCUGGAGGUGCAAUGAGUUUGUACAGCCUCAGCUCCAGGCUUGGGAGAGGGCCGGAGGCCCUGGAGCGGACGGUGCGUUUCCUCUUGGGCAUGAGCACAACUCUCCUCUCUCCCGGUGUCAGCCCCGGCGCUGCUGGCACCACUGGCCGGGCUGGCAAGAGAACGGCAGCUCCCUCCUUUCCCCUUCCCCAGAAAGAUGAGAGCCCACCCUCAUGAUGGCGUAUCCUUGGCUUCGGACAUGUCCUCGUCCCCUCUCCUAAAACAGCGAACUCCUGAAUUCCUCC